CUAUAGAAUUCUAGAAUACCAUCUAUAAACCUGAAAGUAAUAUUGACGAUGAGGAAGAAGCGUAUAAAGAUGACAUGGUGGAUCAAGAAAUAACAGAUCAAGAAAAUUUGAGAAAAGAUGUGGCUCAAGAAACAUCAAAAACAAAACCAAAACAUCCAUUAUCAGAAGCGGGUCAAACAGAAUCUUCCCAAAAAACACAGAAGAAAUAA